UAUCGUACGUUCUCUCUAAAUAUUUUAUUUGUCUUUGAAGAAUAACAAAUAACAAACAACAUCUACAAUGGCAGACACCGCAGUUGCAUCGGAAACACCCGCACCGGCAACCCCCGCGAAGAAACCGAAGGCGACCGCGGCCGCCGCCGCCGGUGGCGUUAAGAAGCCGAAGGCGAAACCCACUCAUCCGAAAACUUCAGAGAUGGUCACCAGUGCUAUCAAGGAGCUGAAGGAACGCAGUGGGUCUUCUCUGCAGGCUAUUAAGAAAUAUAUUGCAGCACAAUACAAAGUCGACGCCGAGAAACUGGCCCCUUUCAUCAGGAAAUAUCUGAAGAGCGCAGUCGAAUCCGGUGCUCUUAUUCAGACCAAAGGUAAAGGAGCGUCCGGUUCAUUCAAGCUAGAAUCGAAAUCCGCCGCCUCCAAGAAACCGGCGGCGGCGAGCAAGACAGUCA